AUCUUCACAUACAUUUUAGUAUGGAUCUAUAACACACACACACACACAAGGAGAUGUCGUAUAUAGAAGGGAAAGAUAUUCAAAAAUCAUAUUAUGAUAUAUUAGGAAUAUUACCAACGGCCGAUGAAAUUACUAUUAAAUUAGCAUAUCGUGAAAAGCUUCUUUCAACUCAUCCUGAUAAGAAUACUUCAUCUAUAUCUAAUUAUAUAAAUAAUGAUGAAAUUAAUUCUAUUAAAGAUGCAUAUAAGACAUUAAUUGAUCCAACAACUAGAAAGUUAUAUGAUGAAACAUUAGUGAAAUCAAUUCAAAGACAUGGAUUUAAUGUUACAGGAGAAGGUUUAGAUAAUUAUGAUUUGAAUGAUUUUGAAGUUAAAGAAGAUAAUAAUUCUAUUAUAUGGUAUAAAGAUUGUCCUAGAUGUCAUGCUAUACGAAGUAUUUCAUUAACUGAAGAUGAUUUAGAAAAUCAAGGCACAGAUGAUGGUAUGGGAGGUUUUGAUAUAAUUGUACAAUGUUCAAGUUGUAGUCUAUGGAUAAAAGUUAAAUAUUAUGAAGAGGAUGAAGAAAAUGAUAAUGAUCAAGAUUAAAUGUAAAUUUGUAUAUACUAAUAGAAAUUUAAUGUAAUAUAUAUAUAUAUAUAUAUAUAUAU